CAGAUGUCUACACCCAUAAAUUGCUGUGCAAAUGCUUAUUGUCUGAAGUGGGAAUGGAAAUUUGGUGAAUUUGUGCACAUAGAGAAUACAGUAUCGUCAUAAAUGCUACCGAAAGCAACGAGGAUGCCAGUGCUGAAGGAUUCCCACAUUGUGAAGAUUGCGGUGGAGCUGGAGAAUCAGCAGCAAAAUGCCCAACUUAUUGAGUUCGACCAACGCCAUCCGCUCACCAGUAUUAUUCAGGAUCUCUGCAAUCACUGGAACAUCCUUGAUCCAGAGAACUACGCCCUGCAGUUCUGUGAGCAGAAUUACAAGAAUUACGUGACGGAGAAGAAUCGCAAUGAGGUGAAGAACGGAAGUGUGCUGCGACUGACUGAUUCGCCGUCCAAGACGGCGCACGACAUUCUUGAGAUACUCAAAUGUGGGAGUGUUCCGGAGAAGACUCAGGUGCUGGAGAACUUAUCGACCCUCAGCAUUGAUCUCACGUUCGCGCUGGAGUUCAUCAAGGAGCAGGGAUUGUCGCUCAUCAUCACGAUGAUUGAGGAUGAGAAGAUCGUAGGCGAUAUGCUGAAGUUCGCUCUCCUCUCGUUUGUUGAGCUGAUGGAGCACGGCACAGUGUCAUGGGACAUCCUGCAGCCAACGUUCAUCGCUCGCAAUAUCUUCUUCAUCAACACUCCAACGGCUGUGCUGAAGGAAGUGGUCCAGUGCGCCCUAUCCAUUCUGGAGAACAUCGUGCAGAACUGCACAAAGUCUUCGUGUGUGGAGAAGGACAUCACGCUGGAGAACUUGCUGAAGCUCCUCCAGGACUCCUCUUCGCAGGUGAUACAGCAGAAUGCAAUCGCCUUAAUCAAUGCCCUCUUCAUCAAGGGCGACGAGGCGAAGAAAAGGAGCAUCGCCGCGACUUUCGCCACAAAACAGUACAGAUCUGUUAUCUUGUCCAACGUUAUCAAUGCGAAUAUCGGCACUGAGAUGGCUCAUCAGCUGUACGUGCUGCAGACACUGACCAUGGGUCUUCUGGAGCAUCGAAUGAACACCAAGAUGAACGCCCAGGAUCAAGAUGCACAUGACAAAAUCAAGGAACUUCGGCGAAUCGCAUUCGAUGAUGGGGCGGACUCCCAAGCUGACACGGCCAAGAGGCAGAAUCACCAGUAUUCCACGUACUACAAGAAGUUGGGCUUCAAGUCUGACAUCAAUCCUGCACAAGAUUUCGUUGAGGCGCCUCCGGGAAUGCUGGCACUGGACUGUAUGGUGUAUUUUGCCCGGAACUUUGGCCAAAACUACAAGAAGGUCGUCCAUGAGAAUAGCUGUAGAGCGGAUGAGCAUGAGUGUCCUUUUGGGCGCACAAGCAUUGAGUUGGUGAAAUUGUUGUGCGAGAUCAUCAAGAUCGGGGAGCCACCUUCAGAGCAGUGCCAAGAUUUUCACCCCAUGUUCUUCACGCACGAUCACCCCUUCGAGGAGUUCUUCUGCAUAUGCAUUGUCAUCCUCAACAAAACGUGGAAGGACAUGCGAGCGACUAAUGAGGAUUUUGCCAAAGUGUUUAGCGUUGUGCGCGAGCAGAUCACGCGCAGUUUGACGGGCCGACCUGGCAAUCUGGAUGACUUCCGAUCGAAGAUACACAGCCUCACGUACAGCACAAUCACACAGCUGAGGCAGCAGGAGCGCACGUCGAAAGAGGACAUUGAGAGCACGGCGUCUGCUAUUGUGAAUCUCAAGGAGAAAAUCACUCCGGAGAUUAUGAAGUUGAUCAGGGAGCAGCGUUUGGGAUUCCUGGUGGAGGGAACACGCUUCUCAAAGUACUCUCGCGGUGUCCGGAGCAAGGAUAAGUUUUGGUAUGUGCGUCUCUCGCCAAACCAUAAGGUCAUCCACUACGGUGAUUGCGACGAGAAGACCGUGCCAACGCUGGAGGAGCUCAGCAACAAAGUGCAGGUGUUGGACAUCAAGCAGCUCCUCGUGGGCAAGGAGUGUCCUCACAUGAAGGAGAUGCGAGGCAGGAAGUCCGCAGUGAAUCUCGGCUUCUCCAUCACCUUCGACAACACGGAGCAGGCCACGCUGGACUUUGUGGCUCCUGAUGAGACCACAUUUUACUACUGGACAGACGGCGUGAAUGCUCUGCUCGGACUGCCCAUGACGAGCAAGCAAAAGGAAGAGGAUCUGAAGACACUUCUGUCCAUGGAGAUCAAGCUGAGACUCCUGGACACUGAGGGUGUGGAUAUCUCCAAGGAGCCGCCGCCAAUUCCUGAGGAUCCGGAGAACUAUGAUUUUUGCUUCGAAAAUUGAUUCCACGAAAGAGAUAUUUUAUCAGUAUGCCAAAGUGUAAUUUAAAAUGUUUGCACUCAAUUUCAAUAUUUUUAUGAUAUUUUUACAAUUUUUCAUGCUGUAUACAAGGGAAAUAUGUAUGACUUUCCAAAUAAAAAAGUGUCUAUAUAAAACA